AUGUUCAGGUCUCUCGUCCUCCUCCUCGUCGCCGCGGUGUCCUCCGUGUUCGCCGCGAGCGUCGACGCGAGCGCGCUCGCGACGAACGCGACGCUCUCCUCGCGCGCGAUCAGCAGCUUCAAGUGGACGUCGAGCGGCAUCCUCAUCCAGCCCAAGAGCGACGGGAAGGGCAUCGCCGCGCUCAAGGACCCCUCGAUCAUAUACUACAACGGCGCGUACCACGUCUUCGCCAGCACGGCGACCGCCGCCGGGUACAACAUGGUCUACCUCACGUUCACCAACUUCAACAGCGCCCAGAGCGCGACGUUCCACUACCUCGACGCGACCCCGAUCAGCAGCGGGUACCGCGCGGCGCCCCAGGUGUUCUACAUGUCGACGCAGAAGCUGUGGUACCUCAUCUACCAGGACGGCAACGCCGCGUACUCGACCAACUCCGACAUCACGAACCCGUCCGGCUGCUCGAACAUCGGCAGCGGCUUCUGGGUCGACAUGUGGGUCAUCUGCGACUCCAGCAACUGCUACCACUUCUCCUCGGACGACAACGGGCACCUGUACCGCGCCCAGACCACCGUUGCCAACUUCCCGAACGGGAUGGGCAACGUCGUGAUCGCGCUCUCGGACUCGAACAAGAACAACCUGUUCGAGGCCUCGAACGUGUACAAGGUCGGGAGCCAGUACCUGCUCAUCGUCGAGUGCAUCGGGAGCACCGGCCACCGCUACUUCCGCUCCUGGACGGCCUCGAGCCUGAGCGGCUCCUGGACGGCGCUCGCCGCGACGGAGUCGAACCCGUUCGCGGGCUCCAAGAACGUGCAGUUCUCCGGCACCGCCUGGACGCAGGACAUCAGCCACGGCGAGGCCGUGCGCACGAACGUCGACCAGACGAUGACGCUCCCCGACUGCGGCCCGAGCCAGUACCUGUACCAGGGCCUGCCGACGGGCUCGAGCGGGGACUACAACACGCUCCCGUGGAAGCUCGCGCUCCUCACGUCCACCACGGUGCGCGCCCACUCGCCGUCCGGCGGCCCGACGUAUUGA